AGUGACCUAUUUUUCAGCUCCCCCACUGACCCCAUCGCUCCUAAACAAGAAAAUUCUUGGUGGGUUUUGUAAAUAAUAUACCUUCUAACACAGUUCCCAAAGCCUUAACAUUGUCGCCGCCUAAUUUGAUUUGACCCUCUUUAUAAAACCCCCUUUGCAAAUUAGUUUGUUCAUGGUUCCUGUUUCUGGGUCGGUAAAUUUUGAUCACUUUUUUGGUGGGUGUUUGUUGGUUUCAUAAGUCGUAGCUUAUUUGUCCCUUAAGAGUCGUGAAAGAUCAUCUUGUUUCGUGGCUUUUUGAGUUUUGUGAAACGUUUUUUCUUCGUGUUCUUGAUAUUAUUGCACGAACCCAGGAGAUUAAUCUUUGAUAUCUUUGAUUUGUUGCGCUUUGCGUUGGAAUUUCGUGAUACCCAUUUGAAUUUCCACCAUGAUCUGUGCUGUGAAACCAUCAUCUAGAGCUAUCCAUUGCUCCGAUGGUGUUAUUCGGAGCAAAAUCUCUGUUCCUUCUAAACGAUCCUUGUUUCUUCCUCCUCUUCCGAUGCAAAAACCUCCAAAAUCCGCUGUUUCUGUUCAUAAGGCAGUUCAUGUUUCUUCGCUUGAGAAUUUCGGAUCACUUCGGGUUCGUAAACCUAAUCCGAUCAAAUGCGAAGCUUACGAGGCUGAUCGAUCGCAGCCGAUCGAAUCGAGCAUCGAUUUGUCGCAAAAUCAAGCCCGUUCCGAGGCGGCGAAGAAGUUGAAAAUCGGAUCAUACUUCGCUCUUUGGUGGGCUUUGAACGUAGUUUUCAAUAUCUAUAACAAGAAAGUGUUGAACGCUUACCCAUAUCCUUGGCUGACCUCGACUCUGUCGCUUGCCGCCGGAUCUCUGAUCAUGUUGAUAUCAUGGAUGACAAAAAUUGCCGAGGCGCCUAAAACUGAUAUCGAAUUUUGGAAGUCUCUGCUACCUGUUGCUGUUGCCCAUACAAUUGGACAUGUUGCAGCAACUGUGAGUAUGUCUAAGGUUGCGGUUUCAUUCACUCACAUAAUCAAGAGUGGUGAACCUGCUUUUAGCGUAUUGGUUUCGAGGUUUUUGUUGGGUGAGACGUUCCCGCUUCCUGUCUACUUGUCGCUCCUUCCGAUCAUUGGUGGGUGUGCUCUUGCUGCUGUGACCGAGCUCAACUUUAACAUGACGGGUUUCAUGGGUGCCAUGAUAUCAAACUUGGCAUUUGUAUUCCGUAACAUAUUUUCAAAGAAGGGCAUGAAGGGAAAAUCCGUUAGCGGGAUGAACUACUAUGCGUGUUUAUCGAUUUUGUCUUUGUUACUCUUGACGCCAUUUGCGUUUGCUGUGGAGGGACCGCAACUGUGGGCAGAGGGAUGGAAAACAGCUAUCUCUCAAAUCGGACCUCAUUUCGUUUGGUGGGUUGCAGCGCAAAGUAUAUUCUACCAUCUCUAUAACCAGGUGUCUUACAUGUCCUUGGACGAGAUAUCUCCCUUGACGUUUAGCGUUGGAAACACCAUGAAACGUAUAUCCGUCAUAGUUUCUUCCAUCAUCAUCUUCCGCACACCCGUGCAGCCAGUCAACGCUCUCGGAGCAGCCAUUGCAGUUCUCGGAACCUUCAUAUACUCGCAGGCAAAGCAAUGAGGAGAGGAACGAAACGAAACACGAACUUAGGCUUAUCGAAGAGGGUGGUACGUCUCAUAUUACAUCCGAGGCGAAAAAGGGAAAGGACCGACAAAGAAGGCGAGGAAA